AUGGCUUCUUCUACUCUUUCAUCUCCCUCUCUUUUCCUCCAACACCAAUCAAAACCCUCCACCUCAUCACACCGUUCCUCCACCUUCCUCCCACCCAUCAGAUCCUCCAUUUCCGAAAAACUACCUUCCCUCUCCGUCACACCACCACAACCACCCACCAAACUCCCGAUCCGUAAAAUCCCCGGCGACUACGGCAUCCCCUUCAUCACUCCCUACAAAGAUCGUCUUGACUAUUUCUACAACCAAGGCCGCGACGAAUAUUUCAAAUCCAGAAUCCAAAAAUACAACUCAACCAUCUUCCGAACAAACGUCCCACCCGGUCCUCUCAUCGCUCAGAACCCUAACGUCGUCGUUCUACUCGACGCUAAAAGCUUUCCUAUCCUCUUCGACACUUCAAAAAUCGACAAAACCGAUGUAUUCACCGGAACCUACACACCUUCCACAGAACUCACCGGCGGUUACAGAGUUUUAUCAUACCUCGACCCCUCCGAACCUAAACACAACAAACUCAAACAACUCAUGUUCUUCCUCCUUAAAUCUCGAAGCCGCCACGUCAUCCCCGAGUUUCGUUCGUGUUACAAAGAGCUUUUCACUUCGUUAGAAAACGAACUUGCUAAAACUGGUAAAGCCAGUUUCGCCGACGCCAAUGAUCAAGCCGCGUUUAAUUUCUUAGCUCGGUCUUUAUACGGUUCAAACCCGGUUGACACCGAACUCGGUUCAGACGGUCCAAAAAUGGUUCAGAAAUGGGUUUUAUUUCAGCUAGGCCCGGUUUUAAAACUCGGUUUACCCAAACUUUUAGAAGAUUCCAUAAUUCACAAUUUUCGCUUACCUUCUCGUCUCGUUAAGAAAGAUUAUCAAAGACUUUAUGAUUUUUUCUAUUCUUCAUCGGGAUUCGCGCUUGACGAAGCGGAGCGUUUGGGUGUUUCGCGAGAUGAAGCUUGUCAUAAUCUAUUAUUCGCAACGUGCUUUAAUUCAUUCGGUGGAAUUAAGCUCUUUUUCCCAAACGUGAUGAAGUGGAUCGGAAGAAGCGGUGUGAGUUUACAUAUGAAGUUAGCGAAGGAGAUUCGGGAAGCGGUUAGAUCUGCCGGCGGGGAGAUUACGAUGGCGGCGAUGGAGAAUAUGCCGUUGAUGAAAUCAGUAGUUUACGAAGCGUUUCGGAUUGAUCCACCGGUUCCGUUGCAAUUCGGAAGAGCGAAAAAGGAUAUGAUAGUUGAGAAUCACGAGAAUGGAUUUUUGGUGAAGAAAGGUGAAUUGUUGUUAGGUUAUCAACCUUUUGCUACGAAGGAUCGUAAGGUUUUUGAUAGGGCUGAAGAGUUUGUUGCGGAUAGGUUCGUUGGGGAUGGAGAGAAAUUGUUGAAGCAUGUGGUUUGGUCUAAUGGACCGGAAACGCAGUCACCGGGUUUGGGUGAUAAGCAAUGUGCUGGGAAGGAUUUUGUUACGUUGGUUUCUAGGCUUUUGGUUGUGGAAAUUUUUCUUAGGUAUGAUUCGUUUGAGAUUCAGGUUGGAAAUUCUGCUUUAGGGUCUUCUAUUACUGUAACUUCUCUGAAGAGAGCAAGUUUUUAG